AGCGCAAUAAUAAGAUGGCGUCGAUACUCAACCUUUUUUAUUUUUAACAACUUUGCUUGUUGAAAAUGUCGGAUGUACACGGCCGCCCUUUUGUAGCUGUCUAGAUUUGUUGCAGAAAUUUGAAGUUCUGGAUUAUCGUUGAGUGUAUUUCGCAUAUUCUUGAGUCUGGAAAUUCCCUUCAACACAAUGACGGCUGCGCCUGCUGCAGGAAGUGCAGCAACCUUGACGUUGCGUGAAAUCGCAUCCGAGGAAAAGUACCACAGCAAGUUGUCAAAAAUGAAAAUCAUCACAAACGACAGCAGCGAGUACAAGUUUUUCGCUUUGGUCGAUGACACGAGCUACAUCAUGUGGGCCUGCGCGUCGUCCGCGGACUGCCGCUGCAUGGUGGCCACGGACUUUGACGGUGUCCUUGUCAACACCAUCAACUGUCACGCGGCCUUUUGUCCUGCCUCCGUGACCCAACGGAAGAAACGCAAGGAGGAACCAGCAGCCACCAUCAAAGAGUUCAACGGCGUCAAAUUGCGAGAGGUUUUGGUGCCUUUCAAGAGUCUCGACCGCGAGGAAAUCGCCACUGGGGUGUUGAAACCCACGUCAAAGUACCGCCUCAUGCUUCCAAUCAACAACAAGCUCACCCUUCCAGACUCAAUUCCCAAAGCUUAUUCGAAGAAGUCGAUCCAGAAAGCAACUUCCAAAAAAAGCUCCAAUCCAACUCUCAGUCAGCACUGCCGAAUGUGUGGUGAAGUCUCCGAAAAAAUGACCCUGAUCCUUGGUUUUGACGGUACUCAUCGGGACCUGAAAUUCAAACUCGAAUGGCUUCUCUCAAAAAAUAUUGCUGAUGAUGACAAGCUACCUAUGAAGUUGUGUGCGUCAUGCAUUGUUAACCUGAAUCUCGCCUAUGACACCUUCAUUAUGGCAAUGCGGACGCAGGAAAGACUCCGUGAAAUGGCUGAUAAGCAAGGAAUCAAAUUUCAAGUUAAAAAAGAGGAUCCGCACAAAAAGAUCUUCAACAUGCUUUACAAGGAGGAGAGAGAAAAGGUGCCCCUCGGAUCCACUUGCUGGCUUUGCAAGGAGGACAACAUCGUCGACCUGCGGAAGCACAACGUAGUUUUCCACAGCGAGUUCCUCUGCCGCAUCUGCAACGACGCCUUUGCCAACAAAGAUGACCUGGCGGAACACAUGGAGGCCAGACAUCUCAGGUCAUGCGAGUAUUGCUCAUGCUCAUUUGAGACGCAGAAGGGCUACGAGUUGCAUUUAAGGUCACACGAAAUUUGCAAGACACCCGGCAUGAAGUUUGUGCCGUGCCAGUUCUGCAAAGAGACUUUCCACAAUAAGAAGGAGCUUCAAGAGCACCUCUGCACUGUGCAUCUACAGGAAAUAGUUGAAAAGCAGGGUCCGAAGUACAUGUCCAUAAGCAAGCUAACAACGGUUAAAGAGAAGGAAGAACUGGAAAAAGAGUGUGAACAAGCCGGACUUAAAAUUAGGCAAACAAACAACUACGACCUGGUUUGUCGGAUCUGCGAAGAGAAGUCUCAGAGUCUGCUGCACUUAGUGAAGCACCACCGCGAGAAGCACAACAAGUACUUUUGUGACAAGUGCAAAGAGUCUUUCGACGAGAGAUCGGCGCUCGAAGAACACAUUCCGAUGCUGCACGACCAGUACGCAGUGGCCUGCAACGAGUGUGACGAAGUUUUCCGCAGCGUUAUCACCCUGGAGAAUCACACAAAGGCCUUCCACUUGAACCAAAGCACCUUCACGUGUCCUGUCUGCAACAGGCUGUUCUUCUCUACGAGCAAACUCAAAGCGCACAUGCAUCUUCAUCUGGCCUCAAAUGACCACCAGUGCGCGUCGUGCGGCAAACUUUUCUCCAACAAGGCGUCGUAUCUGAACCACCUGCGACUGCACGACGAGAGCCGCGAGCUGCUCCACUGUGCGCACUGCACCAAGACCUUCCAGAGCAAAAAGUACCUGAUCGUGCACAUCAAGUCGCACCACCUGUCAACGUGGUACUACAAAUGCCUCGAGUGUGGCAAGGAGCACAGCACCCUGGACGACAUCACGGUGCACUGCAACGAGUCUCAUCCGAACGCUGAAAUCAAGGUGCAGCGCCUUUCGCACGCCGUUUGCAACUUCUGCAACAGAGAGUUUGGCAGUGAGGUGGUGCGAGAUCGUCAUGUUUACAACAACCACAGGGUGAACAAAGGCAAAACUAAGAAGUUGAAGAACGAAGAUGGGGUGCCCAAAAUUAAAAAGACGAGGGCUAAACGUCGCCACAUUUGCCGUGAGUGCGACAUGGUUUUCCCUACCAAUGCUGACCUGGCCCUGCACAAGGAGAGUGUGCACAACUUGCAAAAGUUCUCUUGCGACAUCUGCCCAAACAGACACUACACCUACGAAGGACUUCUUCGACAACAUGAGGUCAAGGUCCACCACAUCAUACGCGAGUUCCAAUGCCCAUCGUGUGACGCAAUGUUCAACACAAGCCGUAAGUUGGCGCAACAUAAAGCUGUAGUUCACACCAAGCUUACAGCCAGUGAUUUGGUGUGUCAUUACUGUGACAAGCAGUUCACUACUAAACUGACUCUUCAAAAACAUAUGGGCACUCACACGGAAGACGUAGACCCGUCCAUCCAAUAUGUGACGGUCUCGCAUCAAGAGGGUGGUAGUGAAACGACAAUUCGCAUUGCACUAGAAGGACUCGAUGCUCUGUGAUUUUGUGAUUGUUAAGCAUUUAUUUGAUUAAAUUAAAUUGCUUGGUUUGAUUUUGCAAAGAUAAUGUUUUCGAGAGCGUGAAACAUACACUUUUUUUGCUCCAGCUCUAUGUAUCUGCAAAUUGUCUAAAUUGUUUUUGAAAUAUUAAAAAAAAAAAUUGAUGUUUGACAUCAUGUAAAAAAUCUUUUUUUGUCAAUAAUUUAUAAUUAAAGAUUAACCUUUUACAAAUAAAGCUUGU